UUCCCCCACCACAAAACUCACUUUUGUCUUCUCCUUUCCUAUUUUCCAAAAAUCUACUCUAUUUAAGAAGACACAACUCUCUCUUCUCUCUCUCACUUCAAACUCAAUCCAACGGUCGGAAACUAAAAAUGGUUUCUCGCCGUUCCUUCCUUUUCUUCAUCUUCUUCCUGGCUUCGCAUUCUUCCGUUACUUCCAGAAUCUUACCAGACAUCUCCGUAACUACUUCAUCGAUUCUUGACGUCACCGACUCAAUUCGCAAAACCAAAGAUGCGUCGUCGUUUCAAUUGAACAAGCAAGAAGACCAGAGUCUGACUCACUCGCCAUCUUCUUCCUCUGCAUUUACCUUGCAGCUACAUUCACGAGCUUCCGUCAGAGGAGCAGAACACCACUCAGACUACAAAUCUCUCACACUAGCAAGACUCGAACGAGACUCAGCCCGAGUCAAAUCUCUCAUGGCCCGUUUAGAUCUAGCCAUCAACAACAUAUCAAAAUCAGAUCUCAAGCCCAUUUCCACAACGUACACAACACAACAAGACAUCGAAGCUCCUUUAAUCUCCGGCACCACUCAAGGAAGCGGCGAGUACUUCACACGCGUCGGAAUCGGAAACCCGGCGCGUGAAGUCUACAUGGUGCUCGACACCGGAAGCGACGUGAACUGGCUACAAUGCGCUCCUUGCGCAGAGUGUUACCACCAAACAGAGCCAAUCUUCGAGCCUUCGUCUUCUUCUUCUUACUCUCCUCUCUCUUGCGACACUCCUCAGUGCAAAUCCCUCGAAGUCUCCGAAUGCAGAAACGCCACGUGUCUCUACGAGGUUUCUUACGGCGACGGUUCUUACACCGUCGGCGAUUUCGCUACCGAGACGCUCACGAUCGGCUCCGCUUCCGUCGAAAACGUCGCCGUCGGGUGCGGACACAGCAACGAAGGUUUGUUCGUCGGCGCCGCCGGUUUGCUCGGACUCGGCGGCGGGUUACUCGCUCUGCCGUCGCAGCUCAACACGACGUCGUUCUCGUAUUGCCUCGUGGACCGUGACUCGGACUCUGCUUCGACGGUCGAGUUCGGGUCGGGUCUCUCUCGCGACGCCGUUAUGGCUCCGUUGCUGCGUAACCACCAGCUCGACACGUUUUACUACCUAGGACUCACCGGAAUAAGCGUCGGCGGCGAGUUGCUUCAGAUUCCGGCGUCUUCUUUCGAGAUGGACGAGUCGGGAAGCGGAGGGAUUAUUAUUGACUCGGGAACCGCCGUGACUCGUUUACAGACGGAAGUUUAUAACUCGCUCAGGGACGCGUUUGUUAAGGGGACGACGGAUUUGGAGAGAGCAGCCGGAGUUGCGAUGUUCGACACGUGUUAUAAUCUGUCGGCUAAGACGACGAUUGAGGUUCCCACGGUGGCUUUUCACUUCCCCGGCGGGAAGAUGAUGGCUUUGCCGGCGAAAAAUUAUAUGAUUCCGGUUGACUCGGUGGGGACGUUCUGUCUUGCGUUUGCGCCGACGGGGAGUUCGCUUGCGAUCAUCGGAAACGUCCAGCAGCAAGGGACACGUGUCGCUUUUGAUCUUGCGAAUUCCCUCAUUGGAUUCUCGUCAAACAAAUGCUAAGCCGAAUUUUUUAAAAAAAUAUUAGAUUUUACUGUUGUUUUCUUUUCCUGUUCUUUGUUGCAGAGAGUAGUGAAAAAAGAAAAUGGAAAUUUGUCUUUUGUAAUUGUAACAAUGGACAUUAAGUGGCCCAGUUGCAGGUUUUUUGGACCAGAUUGUCCAAACUAGUGGUGUCCGAAGGAGUUCUUUUGUUAUAUACUGAUUUAGUG